AUGCGAGGCCGCCCCAUGUACCUCGACAUGCAAUCGACGACGCCCGUGGAUCCGCGCGUUCUCGACGCGAUGAUGCCCUACCUCGUCGAACAGUACGGCAACCCGCACUCGCGGACGCACAUGUACGGCUGGGAGGCGGAGGACGCGAUCGAGGCGGCGCGUGCCGACGUCGCGAAGGCGAUCGGCGCGAACGCGAAGGAGAUCAUCUUCACGAGCGGCGCGACGGAGAGCAACAACAUGGCGAUCAAGGCGCGUUCUGGCGUCGCGAAUUUCUACUCGGGGAAGAAGAAGCACGUCAUCACGACGCAGACGGACCACAAGUGCGUGCUGGACUCGUGCCGGUGGCUGCAGCAGCGCGGGUGGGACGUGACGUACUUGCCCGUGAAGUCGAACGGUUUGAUCGACCUCGAGGAGCUGCGCGGCGCGAUCCGCGACGACACCGCGAUCGUCUCGGUGAUGGCGGUGAACAACGAGAUCGGCGUCGUGCAGCCGUUGAAGGCGAUCGGCGAGCUGUGCCGCGAGCGCAAGGUGUUCUUUCACACGGACGCCGCGCAGGCGGUGGGGAAGAUCCCGAUCGACGUCGAGGACAUGAAGAUCGACCUGCUCUCGAUCAGCGGGCACAAGGUGUACGGCCCGAAGGGCGUCGGCGCCAUCUACGUGCGGCGGCGGCCUCGCGUGAGAAUGGAGCCGCUCAUCAGCGGCGGCGGCCAAGAGCGCGGGCUGCGCUCCGGCACGCUCCCGACGCCGCUCGUCGUCGGGCUCGGAAAGGCGUGCGCGGUCGCGUUGGAGGAGAUGGAGCACGAUCGCCAGCACGCGACGAGGCUGUCGAGGCGACUGAUCGACGGCAUCAGGCGCGUUCUCCUUACGCUGCUCAACGGCGACGCGGACGCGCGGUAUCCGGGCAACGUGAACAUGUCGUUCGCGUACGUCGAGGGCGAGUCUCUACUCAUGGGCCUGAAAGAGAUCGCCGUCAGCAGCGGCAGCGCGUGCACGUCCGCGAGCUUGGAGCCGAGUUACGUCUUGAGAGCGCUCGGCGUGGACGAAGAGAUGGCGCACACGUCGAUUCGGUACGGCGUCGGGCGGUUCACGACGGAGGAGGAGGUGGACCGAGCGGUGGAGCUGACGGUGGAGCACGUGGCGAAGCUGCGGGAGAUGAGCCCGCUGUGGGAGAUGGUUCAGGAGGGGAUCGACCUGAAGAGCAUCCAGUGGAGUCAGCACUAG